AAUAUCUUAAGCAUGUUUAGAAAAGUGUUUGGAAAUUCUAUGAGACAUAAUCCGACUCGUUUACGAUACUUGAGAGAGUAUGUAUGUUUAAGAGAGGCUGCAAAUCCAUCUGCUUAAUAAGCUCAAAUUGCCCAAUUCUAGUAAGUGGCAAAUAAAUAUGGAUUGACUACAUCUCAAUUGACAUCACUCUCUGGUAUUUACCAACUGAGUUAAUUGCUUCGACCUUAAAAUUUCCCAAACCCCAAUGAUUAUAAGGUUUUAUCAAUUUAUAUUUCUAUAGGUUCACGUUGAGAAAUUGGAGUUACUAUUCAGAUAAAAACAAUAGAGCAGCGAAAACCUAGAGCAUUUCGCCUAAAGUCUCUAAUACAGAAUCCCAGAAAUCAGCAAACUUACAAAUGAAGCUAGAAAAUAAGCAGCUCAAGAUCUGUUUAGCAUUUAUUUGGAAGGAAUUCAUUAUGAUAAUUUAGUCUCACCGUAGAGAUUAUAUAAUAUUUUAGAGGCUAUGUCUAACAAUUAGAAUCAAUAUUCAGAUAACGAACUACUGCAGUCAUAAAUACAAUAAAAGCAGAGGUGAAAGAUCCACAAUUGGCUGCUUAAUUAGCACAAUCACUUGAAUCAAUCUUCCAAAACUAUUAAUUCAAUCAAGGAAGGUACUUUUAGCAUUUAAUUAAUAGAUAUGUGGGUUUGAUCAAAUCAUUUAUUGAAUCAAAUCAAGAAACCGAGGUUUAGGUGAGUCAGAAGGUGGAUCAAUAAGCAUAAGAGAAAUAACUCUUCAUUCAAACUGUUGACAAAGCAACAAAGCAAUUUUCAGCUGAAGAUCAAGAAUAUGCUAGAAAUGUGGAUGGACAUGAUUUCAAAUUGUUCUUGUAGGAAUUGUAUGAGAAGGAAUACUAAUCAGGAUUUGCUUAGAAUAGAUUCAAUGAGAAGGGAUAGAAAUUGGUCUAUGAAUCAUAAGCACAAGAACAUCAUGUUUUGAGAUAUUAAAUAUUGGCAGGAGUCUUUGCAGGUUAUUUCCUUUAUCUAUUUUACAGAGGUGAUGCAUACUAUUCCACAAUAUUGACAGUGCCUGCUGUUGCUGCAGCCUUCUUUUAUUUAGCAAAAUAAGGACAAGUAUCUAUUGUAGUAUGAACAAUUAAGGCAAAACGAGCAAUUCCUUUCAUCAGACAAGUCCUCAAAAACACUGACAAUACUUAUGAAGUGGUCUUUGAAUAGAACCGUAUCAUAAGCAGAAUUGAGAAUGUUCAAGCUGCACAAAUUAAGUAAGUAAGUGUAUUAUGAAAAGAUUGGCUCAAGACAGUGUCUUUUCAAAUACUUUGGUAUUGGGAAAUCCUACAGACUUCGGAUAUCACAUCAGAGUAGCCGAUAAUUCAUUUAUCGCCCCAUACUUGUAUAGUGGCAAUGGCUUAGACUUCAGAACAUUCAUUAAUAUUUGAUUCAAUAUAAUAAUAAAAAUAAAACAAGAC